GCUCGCUGUCUUCAGCGAGGCUGCGGAGGAAUGGAAACUUUUGCCACCAACAGCAUUUGCUAGCAACUUCCCUCUCUGUGGUUUUUCUCUGUCAUUCCCUUGAUAAAAGAACUCGAGCUGCGCAAAUGUAACCAACCUUCACAAAUCUCAUCUUCACAUAAAAGCAGCCGCCUUUCAAGAAGCAGGCAGUCUGAGAAAUGGUGCACGAUGCUCUCUAAACUGGGUCACUCUCUGCUCCGAGGGCUCAGGGCGUGCUUGACCCUCCCCGUGUGUCUCCUGUACCGUAGGCUCCCAGAGUCUCCGUCAGCCCAGGGAGAGAGAGAAAUGGGAAACAGCAUGAAGUCCACGGCUGCGCCCCCUGAGAGGCCUCUGCCCAGCCCCGAGGGGCUGGAAAGUGACUUCCUGGCUGUCCUGACUGAUUACCCAUCUCCUGACAUCAGUCCCCCAAUAUUCCGCCGUGGAGAGAAACUACGCAUCAUUUCUGAUGAAGGGGGCUGGUGGAAGGCCAUCUCUCUAAGCACCGGUCGGGAGAGUUACAUUCCUGGAAUAUGUGUGGCCAGAGUGUACCACGGCUGGCUGUUCGAAGGCCUGGGCAGAGACAAGGCGGAGGAGCUGCUGCAGCUGCCCGACACAAAGGUCGGCUCCUUCAUGAUCAGAGCCAGUGAGACAAAGAAAGGGUUCUACUCACUAUCAGUGAGGCACAGGCAGGUGAAGCAUUACCGCAUCUUCCGCCUGCCCAACAACUGGUACUACAUUUCCCCGAGACUCACCUUCCAGUGCUUGGAGGACCUGGUGAACCACUAUUCUGAGGUGGCCGACGGCUUGUGCUGUGUGCUCACCACGCCCUGCCUGACACAAAGCACAGCUGCCCCUGCAGUGAUGGCCUCCAAUUCACCUGUCACCUUGCGCCAGAAGACCAUAGACUGGAAGAGGGCGUCCAGACUGCAGGAGGACCCUGAAGGAGCAGAGAACCCACUCGGGGUGGACGAGUCCCUGUUCAGUUACGGCCUUCGGGAAAGCAUCGCCUCCUACCUGUCUCUGACCAGUGACGACAAUGCCACCUUCGACCGAAAGAAGAAAAGUGUCUCCCUGAUGUACAGCGGGAGUAAGCGGAAGAGCUCAUUUUUCUCAUCCCCACCUUACUUUGAAGACUAGCCAGAGAAAAGACUUCGCGGUUCAUACCCAAAGGGAACAGAGGUUCCAACAAUCACCUGGGGUCUGGCAAAAAGCCUGGUUCCCUGACUCCUGGGGGAACUUCCUGUUUUUUAGGAGACUCAAAAUCACAUCUUCUCUAUCUACAACACGACCAAGGGAACCCCUCCCUAGGGUCUGAUCAGUACUGGGAUAUCAUGAAAUGCUGAAUCACGAUGGCCCUGAGCCAUGCUUGGAAGAGCCCAACAUGUAUGUGUGUGUGCGUGUCACGUGUGCGGGAAGGACAAAGCCGCUCUCUCAAGAAAGUGUACCAGGACCAUUCUCCAGCAAAGUAUCCAGAUGGCUACACUCAGAGGUCAUUGUGAGAACUUCUGUGUGAGUGAGACUAAGAGGGAGGUGAACCAAAGCUAUUUCCUGGCAGAAAGUCAAGGGCUGCAGAUGGGUCCCCUAAAUGGGAUACAGGAACCCGUGGUGUAUAUCGCCUCUGUUUUUAAUGGAACUCUGUGACACUAAACAUUAGCCUGAAGGACUUCUUAGCACUGCAUCAGAAGCCUGGGGCAUGCUCUGCAAGGCACAAGGGCAGCUGUCACAUGGCAUUCCUGACCUGAGGGGGGCAAGGCAAAUGGGAGCCAGAAAGGCUGCUGGUAGGGAAAGCGAGAGGGCCAAACCAGGACUGUGCCAGCCUUCCUGUGUCCCCAGCCAUGGCUUGGAGGCACAGGAAGAGCUUUUCUGGGUUACUGGGAUUCUUAUGCGUACUAACACAUCAACUCUUCAUUCAUAAGUACCCAACGAGGUGUUGUGUUAAGUUUUGUGCAAGGUGUCAGGCUAAGAAAAGAAAAGAUGCAUAAACCCACCCCCAGGAGAGGUGCUCACAGUGUAAACAGAGAAAAGAACUGUACUUAAAAAAUAGUAUGCAAAAGGAGAAAUCAACCUCCGGCUUAGGAUGAGAUUAGAGGCAGAUGAAGGUGAACCAGGAUCUCCCAUUUCAGCUGAUGUUACAAUCUUAGGGGACUAUGCCAGCUGGCCGGAUUGAGUAGGUGAGAACAGGUAGGGGGAAAAGGCAAUUAUUAAGUUCUAAGGAAUUAACUUAUCCAGUAUUUUGUUCUAAGAAGGGUCUGGCAUCCACAUGAAUAAAAAUACUGAGCUCCAGGGAAGGUGGGGAGUCCAAGCAGAUUAAUUCUGUUAUAUAUAUUUUUAAGAGAAUAGGGAGAAAACACUGUUCAUGGCAGAGAAAGAGAAGUGGGAAAAUUCAGGCUGCCCAUCUGGAUCCUGCUAGAGAGGGAAGGGGCGGCAGAUGAAUACAUGACUGUUCUUCCCUGUUCCGAAGGGCUGGCCAGGAGGGCACGUGCACACGGUUAUCUCUUGCCCCCCACCCCCGAUAGUCUGUCUGCUUGCCAUCAGCAUUCCGUCUGUCUGAGCUCACUGCAUUGACAUGACUUUCUGUAUCAUCGGAUUCCUGUGUGUUUAUACAAGGAGACAUUUGUGGUUUUCUCAAGAAUCCCAAAAGGCUGAUUUAAAAUGCCCAUCGGACGCGUGAGAAGUGAAUGUAACACUGUGGACGCUGACUCGCACCCCCAGGCAGGGUGACCUCCUGAGCUCCAGAUGUCUGUACAGCAUCUUCUGUAUUGUUUUCCAUUGUGACAAAUGUGAUUGGAAUGUCUGGGGAACACUUGGAGGGAUGUCUUAAGUGGGAAGCAUUACACAUUGGUAAAUCAUGUAUUUAUUCCUGAUUAAAAUAAACCUAAUGAAUAUUUAACCCUUGG